AUGUGGGCGGAGUCCAGGUGUUUUAUUAGCAGCGGAGCGUCUCUGGGAUCAGAUCAGCUGCAGGUUCGAGAACCGAAGACGACUCGCCGGAGCCCUUGUCCCCCGACGGUUGGGAACCCCCCGUCAACCCUCCUCCUCCACUCCUUCCCUUCCCCCCCAUCGAUGGACCAGAUGCCCUGGUUCUGUCUCUGCACACAAUGCAAGAACAGUGAGGGGCCCAAAGGGGACCGCGGAGACCGGGGACUGCCAGGUAGUCCAGGUAGUCCUGGAAGAAGGGGGAUGACAGGGUUCAGAGGUCCUCCAGGUUUUGUGGGCCGACCUGGGAUCAAAGGACAGAAAGGAGAUGAAGGCGAGAAGGGCAAUCGGGGAGCUCAGGGAUUUGUAGGACCCAAAGGAGACAGAGGCUUCAAAGGUGCAAAGGGUGAGCGAGGUUUGGAGGGUCGAUCAGGGGAUCGGGGUCCUAAAGGAGAUGAUGGUGUCUGUCCAGAUACCUGCGAGUCUAGCCUUGGUCCUCCAGGAGAAGCCGGUAUGCCUGGCCCUGCAGGACCCAGAGGUCUGCCUGGUCCUCAAGGACCAUUAGGGCCCAAUGGCCUUAAGGGUGACAUGGGUGAUAUGGGUACCACAGGUGCCCCUGGAUUUAAGGGUAUGAAAGGAGAACCGGGGCCCCAGGGGGAGUGUAACUGUACAGAAGGAGAAGGUGGGAGUCCAGGGCCGAUGGGGGAAAAGGGAGAUAAGGGAGACCGGGGACAGACGGGGCCUGUAGGGGAGACAGGGACAAAAGGAGACAUGGGAGACAUGGGGCGAAUGGGGAUGAUGGGCCCUCCUGGUCCCUGCAUGCCCAUCAUACAGUCAGCCUUCUCUGCAGGGCUAGCAACCAGUUUCCCGCCACCAAACGCUCCGGUGGUCUUCUCCAGUAUUUACUACAACAUCCAGGGCAGCUACGACCCGUCCACAGGCCUCUACAUCGCCCCCAUCAACGGCACCUACGUCUUCAGCUACCACCUCACUGUUCAUGAGCGGGUCCUCAAAGUCGGACUCUUUCAUAAUUUCGUGCCGGUUGUCAAAACGACAGACCCCAAAGUAUUAGGGACCACCUCGCAUUCAGUCGUUCUCCACCUUGCCCGGGGGGACAGGGUGUGGAUCCAGGUGAAGGAUUCGACCACUAACGGCAUGUACGCUGGCAGUGAGGCCAGCAGUACCUUCUCUGGCUACUUGCUCCACCCAGAUUCUUGUGAUAUGGGUUUACUCAGACUCCCCAUACUCCCAAUGACCAUACCUCAGGGUGGGUACAGCUGGGGCAACCUGCCCGAGUCCAGCACCCCCACACCCCUGACUACACCUGGUGGUAAUGGAUCCAAUUAA